UUGUAAAUAAAAUUUGCAUUGCUGUUGAUUUGUAAGAAAUCGAUUUUAGCAGGUUUUUAAUCAUAUCUAUUAUUUAAGUAUUUAUUGCUAAUGAUUCUUUUGAUCUAUUUGUCCAACUAUAAUUGGUUGAAAAAUACAUUAUACAUUUUUCUAUUGUAAUCGAUAAUUUCAGCAUGUGCUGGCAGUUUGACACAAGCAAAGUUAUUUCCCUCAACGUUAUUAUUGUCAUUGUUAAGAUCAGAUCAGGUGUUCUGGAGGACGGCAAAGAAGGAAAUGCGUGUGUGUGUGUGUGUGUGUGUGUGCGCGCGCGCGUGCGAGUCCUCUUCCAAAUAAAGACAAUUUAAUUACCGUUGGAAUACAAGUCGCUGCUCAUAGUGUUCAUGUGUCACAUUUGCCUCCAUGCAAAGAAUCCACUCUAAUAGCUACAUGGCUGAAGCAUAUGAAAAUAGAAUACGAUAAACAUAAACAUCGAAGUACAAUACUCAUCAGAGCUCAAUAUAUUAAUUCGAAAAAGAACGUGUGUUUUGUUCAAUUCGAUCCUUUGUAAUUAUGAUGUGGAGCUGCGUGUUCCUCCAGAGCCUGUCGGAUCAUACACAAGUGCAGCAGCAUUGCAAGGAAUCACUGAAUCAUGGGAACCUGGGCGAUAAUGCGCACUUCUUUGUCGCCAAGGCAACCACAAUACGUUUCUGUGGAUGAAGUCAUUUGUUACGCCGAUCGUUGCCGUGGUUACAACCUAGAGAGGGCGCUGCGGAGGAGCGUUCCACGUAAAAUGACGCAGGGCGGGGGCGUGGCCGCGAUGCGCGCUGCGCAAGGCUGCUUGUUGUUCCCGCAGAGAGGCGAGAAGAUGGCGGCCGUGUCAAGCGGAGGUGCUGCGGGGUCCGCUGCGGCCGGGAUUACGCACUCUGCCAGGCCGACCCACGCAGUCAUGGGCUCCCAGAACCGGGCCCAGCCGUCACCCGCGAUCGGCCACCAGAGUCGCGCCGGCACGGCCACCGGGUGCGUCACCAAUCCCGGCCACACUUCGGCCACCAGGCCCCCCCCGGCCCGAGUGGGCCACUAUGAAAUCGAGCGGACCAUCGGGAAGGGGAAUUUCGCGGUCGUUAAACUAGCCACGCACAUCAUCACCAGGGCAAAGGUGGCUAUAAAAAUAGUGGAUAAGACCCAGCUGGACGACGAGAAUCUUAAAAAGAUCUUCAGAGAGGUGCAAAUCAUGAAGUUGCUGAAGCACCCCCACAUCAUCCGCCUCUACCAGGUGAUGGAGACGGAGAGGAUGAUCUAUCUGGUGACGGAGUACGCCAGCGGUGGGGAGAUAUUUGACCACCUGGUGGCUCAUGGGCGUAUGGCAGAGAAGGAUGCCAGAAAGAAGUUCAAGCAGAUAGUGGCAGCAGUCCAUUUCUGUCACUGCCGCAACAUCGUCCACCGAGACUUGAAGGCUGAGAAUCUGCUCCUGGACCACAACCUCAACAUCAAAAUCGCAGACUUUGGCUUUAGCAACCUGUUUUCCCGAGGCCAGCUGUUGAAGACGUGGUGUGGCAGCCCUCCAUAUGCCGCACCAGAACUCUUUGAGGGCAAAGAGUACGACGGACCCAAAGUAGAUGUAUGGAGCUUAGGUGUGGUGUUAUAUGUAUUGGUCUGUGGCGCCCUGCCUUUCGACGGCAGCACUCUACAAAAUUUGCGAGCGCGUGUCCUCAGUGGCAAGUUUCGCAUCCCCUUCUUCAUGUCCACAGACUGUGAGUACUUGAUCAGACACAUGUUAGUCCUGGAGCCCAGCAGACGUUUGACCAUGGAGCAGAUCUGCAAGAACAAGUGGAUGAGACUAGGAGACCCGGACCCAGACUUUGACAGGUUGAUAGCAGAGUGUGUGCAGGUGAAGACGGAGCGAGACACGGAGCUCAUCAAUGAGCAGGUGCUGAUAGCCAUGUCUGAGAUGGGCCUGGACCGAGAGCGCGCGCUUCAGUCUCUACAAACCGAUGCAUACGAUCACUACAGUGCCAUCUACAGUCUGCUAGCCGACCGCCUCAAGAAACACAAGACCCUGCGCGUUGCUCAGCCGACGCCGCGCUCCAUUAGCUAUCCCCUUAACGCAGUACAGCAGACAGAUCCCCAGGGUAAUCCAGUUAGCAUGACCGUUCCCCACGUCCAGCUCAUCAACCCUGAGAACCAGAUUGUUGAGCCGGAUGGCAGCAUGGCACUGGACAGUGAUGAAGGAGAGGAGCCAUCUCCUGAGGCCAUGGCUCGCUACCUUUCGAUGAGGCGGCACACUGUGGGGGUACCAGACCAAAGGACAGAGAUGCAGGAGGACCUCCAGAAACUGCCACCGGGUUUCCCACGCGGUGCCGUGCCCCAGCCCCAGUUCCCCCCGCUGGUCCCCACUAUGGGCCAAAUGCAUACUCUCAUGCCCACGCAGAGCCUGCAGCCCACGCAGCAGCUGGAGUACAAGGAGCAGUCGUUGCUUCAGCCUCCCACUCUGCAACUGCUCAACGGCAUGGGGCCGCUGGGUCGAAGAGCCUCCGACGGCGGGGCUAACAUUCAACUACACGCUCAGCUCCUCAAGAGGCCUCGGGGGCCCUCGCCGCUCGUCGCUAGCCCGCAUCCUAUCCCUGCCGUAGAGCCGGUGGAUGAGGAGGGAUCGGACGGAGAGCCGGACCAAGAGGCGGUACAGAGGUACCUGGCGAACCGCUCCAAGCGGCACACGACGCACGCGCUCACGAGCACAUCGCAUGGCGAGCCCUCGGCAGAGUCACAGCGACCCCAGGGCCCCCGCCAGAGGGGGGGCUGGGCCCCCGACAUACACACCCGAUCCAGCUAUAAGGACUGUAACACCCUCCACCUCCCCAUGGAGCGCUUCUCACCAGUCAGACGCUUCUCUGACGGCGCCGCCACCAUCCAGGCUUUCAAGGCUCAUCUAGAGAACAGCAGCCUCAUUAAGCAACUCAAGCAGGAGUGUGAGCAGCUCCAGAAGAUGUAUGCUGCCCAGCAGGAUGACCGAUUCCUGGAGCACACCCAGCAGCAGCAUAUCCUCUACCAGCAAGAGCAACAAAUCCUCCACCAGCAAAUCCAGGGUCUGUCUUUAGGCCACGGAGAGAGCCAGCCUAGUCACCUUACCCACCAGCUCCAGAGGUUGCGUAUCCAGCCCUCCAGCCCUCCGCCAACACAUCCCAGCAACCACCUCUUCAGACAGCCCAAUCAGAGCCCUCCGCUUGGCUCUGCAGGCUUAAUGCAGGGGCACGGAGGUCCGUCAUCGGUGCAGUACCAGCAUGGUGCUCAAGCACUGUACCAGGGCCAGAGUGGUAGCCCGCCCCCCACAGGUCGAGUUGGUUUACCAACCAAUCAACAAGCACCUUCAGCCCGCCCCACUGUCCCAUUGGCCCAGGGUGUACCUCAGCAACAGCAGGUGACCAUUCAGGUGCAGGAAGUGGAACUGGGAGGUGGGGCGCAGAGACAGGGCGGCUUUUUGUCCACGCCAGGACACAGAGUCCUCGGGAAGCAGCUGAGCGCAGACAACGCCGAGAUGCACAGUCGCAGCCUUGGCCGCUUCACCUCGGCCUACGAGCAGGCCCAGUUCAACGCCCACCUGUUCGCUGGUGAAGCCGCCGCCCGGGGCGCCUCCGGGGUGGUCGGCUCCUUCAGCCCAUACCUGCAGGGAGCCUCCCUCAAUGUCCCCGGCCUGGAGGGUUACCAGGGCGGGGCAGUGGGGACCAGCAGCUAUGGCCCCCCUUCUACACUACAGCAGGCCCUGCUCUCCCCGACUCCUCUGGACUACCGCCCCCCACAGCAGCACGUCACUCCCACCCUGCAGGGCCUCCUGUCCCCCCGCCACUCUUUAACAGGCCACGGCGACCCCAGGUUGCCCCCCCAAGACCUGGCCGCCCUGCUGAAGAGGCAUAGCCCCCGGCCGUGCCCGGCGACUCCCACGCCGCCCAGCGGUCCACCCCAAGAGUACGGAGACAUGCUGCUUCUCCACCAGCUGAGUCAGGGUGAGAGCUUGGAGCCACAGGCGCCACAGGGUGCCACUGGAGGCCAGCACUACCUCCACCUCCUCCAGAUUCGACCCCCGGAGGUCCAGCCGCAGCAGGCAACUUGUUCCAGCUUACCUCACUCGGAGAGCAUGGAGGAAGACGAGGCGCCGGCCAGCUACCACCACCCACACGAGGGCCUGCUGACCAAGGCAGGAGAAGGACAUGAACUCCUGGGGCCCCCCAGAGGAGGCACCCCACCCUACAACUCCCCAACACACAGGCAUGGCGGCUACAUAAGGAAUGCUCCGGCAACAAGAGAACCUGAGCAUGUGGAUUGCAGGCCCCAGGGCCAGGCCAUGGAGGUGCCUGAUCACAACGGUGUGGGCUAUUCACGAGGCCCCCAGGGUGACGCCUAUAGGUCCCGUGGACAGCUACAGCGCCACCACACCAUCCAGACCUGUGACGACGCCUACGACCAGGCAGAGCCCAUGUCUGGAAUGAGCCUGUUGGCCGGGAAGGCUUUAAGCUCUGCUCGCAUGUCGGACAUCCUCAGCCAGACGUCACUGACAGGAAGCCAGCAGCUGCGCCAGCGGGAAGAGUCGGUGUGCGAUGUGGAAGGGGAGCUCCACGCAGCGGCCUGCUACCCCUCCUCCUGCACCAGUGACAUGCUCCUCAGCUACAAGCCCCCGGACCUGCAGUACAGCAUGGAGCAGGCUGGGGUCUAGCACAGGAGAAGUGUGUAUCCUGUGUACAGCGGUCCAUAUCAGCCAUCCUGAGUUGUGUUGAGUUGAGCAGCAUCACGCCAAACCACCGUCGUCUGACCAAGCGGGAGAGGGGGGUUCAUCUGUCUGUCUGUCUCCAUCUGUCCCUGGGAGGGCGCGAGAGGGGGGAGUGUGGGUGGGUGGGUGUUGAUUUCAGAGGGGUGGGGGCGUUUCACAGGUGGGGCCUCGGGGGUUCAAAGGUCAAAGUGCCAGUAUUUUCUGCACGGACAUCCAGCGUUCACUGCUGCAGGAUGUCUCCUCUUUUCAACUCCCGUCGGUGGAUAGAUCGGGGUUUCCGCUCCUCCCACUUUUCGUCUUGACCCCCCUCACCCUGUUCUCUUACAAGCGUGCCCCCACCCCCACCUGCUGCCCUGACGUAACCCCCUCCCUCCCCUCCGUCCCUCGUCCUCCUAUUAACUGUUGGCAUAUGUCAUCAGGUGCCUCAUUGGCCAAAGCAUUGAUACAGUCACAGGAACAUGGAGUCCGACACACACACACACACACACACACACACACACACACACACACACACACACACACACACACACACACACACACACACACACACACACACACACACGCUGCUGCCACAAACCCAAAGUAUUCACGUUAGGUCUGAGUGUGCGUGUGAGUGAGCGAUGGAUCAGGGAUGAGCAGACGUGAAGGCAUUUCCGAGAGUCGGUCUGCUCCUCCCACCAUCUCCCCCCCCCCCCCAUUCCCACACUGGGCUGACACCCCGACAGCGGCGGCCCCCCUUCUCGGCUGGGCGGUGAGUGUUUUGGAUUAGUCUCCGACUGGGGCAAAACAACCGCUCUCUCCAAAGACGGAGCUCAGUGACAUCGCACAGGACAAACCAGCUCUCAUAGUUUUCUUUUUUGUUGUUCUGACAUUUUCUUUCUUUCUUUUCUUUUCUUUUCUUUUCUUUUUUCUUUAAAAAAAUUGUUUUUACGGCUGAUGUCCAUGCAGGCAUUAUGGUCAAUAUUGUUACUCUUGUUGUUAUUACUGUUUCCUGUAAGAAGAAGUUUUAUUAUAAUUAAUAUUACUAUUAUUAUUAUUAUUAUUAUUAAAGGAAAAACAGUUCUGUGUUGCAAAGACGACAACAUUGUUCUUUGAUUACUUAAGUAAUUCUGCACUUUCGGUUCAAGCUAAUCCUCUUGUCUGUUUCCACUCCUCCGCACCGCCCCUUGCUCUCCGUCAUGCUGUUACCUCUGCUUCUCACCCCCCACCCCCCUACUGUCCCCACCUUGUGUCACCCCCUUUCCUCCUUCCUCCUUUUCCUUGUCAGUGACAGUGUAUUGCACUGUGGGUAGAUUUACCAGACAUUUGCUCCUUUUCUUGUACAGUGAUGCCAUGUAUAGAACGCUAUUGCAAUUUCUGUAUCAAAAUCUUUUCUUUCUUUCUUUUUUUUGUGUUACCUUUUUUCUGUUUUUAGAUGAUGUUGGGGAGGCUUUUUUUAUAUUGGUAUUGUUUAUCAUUUGUACUUCAAAGUGUUCUCUUUUUUUGUUUUUUUGAGUCUGAGAUUUCUAGUCAAAAGAGGACGGAGGGAAGAGAAGACACUGCUCUUUCUGUCCCCUUUAAAAAAAAAAAAGAUUGUUCUUAUUUGUUUUAAUAUUAUUAUAUUGAGACAAUAGAAUAAGAGGAGAGUGAUUCUUUUUUGUGUUGCUCUUUAAAAGUAUCAUUUCAGUCCUUGAUGUUGUCGUGACCGUCAUUCUCGUUGAUGUUGGGGCCUGUUCUUCUGUCAAUGGGCUCGUUGCAGGCAGGCUAUACAGGGUCAGGCUUUGGGCUUUGUCUGGGGUCGGUUCGGGUGCUUACAGAGACUCGACGCUCUGAAAAGAAGACAAAACAAAAAAAAGGAAACAACCCACAAGGGAAUAACUUGUAAAAUAGCUGACAUAUCAUCCUAAACAUCACAAGUGUGGAGGCGGACAAAACCCACUUCUCGUUCUCGCCGCCCUACCUGUCCGCUGUGAUCCUCCCGCCACCCACUGCAUCGGCUUCUGAUCGGACGUUGCGUCACGGACACGGCCCCCCCUCCUCGCAAGCUAAACCUUUUUUGUCAUGGCAACCAAGGAGGAAUCCACAACUAUUACUCUCUCUCUCUCCUCCCCCCCCCACCUUAUGGUUUUCUUCAACUUAUGUCGGUCUUGGAAGAGAGGAUCUGAAUGAGGCAACGGCUACAUUUCACAAAACGGUUAACGGAUCCUGUCCUUAGUUGGAAAGACCCGGACAAACCUCCACACCAUUUAUUUCAGGAAGGUGACCAUAGGAAUUAACUGUUUCUAUUCCUGUUGGCAGCGAAAGAGCUGACGGUUGUGGUCGGAGCAAGGCGACGUGUGCCCCCGCCCCCCCCCCCCUACCCUAAAAACAUGUCUACCGAGGUCUGAGCACCUUUUGAAGCCGCGUUGAGCUAAAGCACAGCCCGACGGAGGCCACAGCAGAGGAUUGAACACAAACAACAAUUUCUUUAAUGGUUUAACCUCUAUUUAUCCUUCCGUUUGCAACACCCCGGGAGAUUGAGUCUAUAUUGGGCCGACAAGAGACUGGUGUAAAGAAUAUAGCUCCAUGUUUUUGUUUUGUUUUUGUUUAUACAGGCCAGAUUUCCUAAUCCCCGGUUGACACAUUGUUCGCUGUGUACAUCUGAGAGUCGUCGACGGUCCCAUGCAGCGCCUGUGCUUUCCAUUCGCGUCACGUCACUUCCUGUUUACCAGCGGUUGCUCUCACCUCGGAUACCAUGAGGUGAGCUUCAUCUCUGAAACAAGACGGCUGUAAAAAAAAAAACUGUGGCGAGGGAUUAGAUUCAGGGAAUUGACUCUACUCCGAUUCCCUUUCUUGGAUCUGUCUUCCUAAGAGUCAAUUGAUGUCUUGUUUGGUAGGAAACAAAAGAAAAAGGCAAGCUGGUCAUUCCUCAAACAUUUCCCUUCCAGCUCUCAUUCGUUCCUCUUUCAGAUCUCACCUGCUGUUGUUUUCUCUCUCUCUCUCUCUCUCUCUCUCUCUCUCUCUCUCUCUCUCAUUGUUUAAUACCAAAACUGAGAUCUGGAAGAGAAGGAAUCGAGGACCUUUCGACUGGAAUCGCAGAGGAAAUGUCUGCGAUGGAAGGCAUCGCGUGUGUCUCUCGUCCCACGACGGGGUAGAAACUCUAAAGUUAAAGAGCAGCGGCUCCGCUCUGUCUGACGCUGCGGCCAGUCGCUUUCGGGUCCCUGCGACCAGAGGCGCACAGGAAGAGACGGCCGGAGCGAAUGGAAAGCGCCGCGCGUGACUCAGAGAUACUGAGGAGGGGAGAGAGCUGCUUCACACAUUCUCCCUCCUGAUCAGACCGACGCUUCUCCCUCCCCCCCCUUUUUUUUUCUGAACCUUUCCAUCCCUGAACUGCUGCGUUUGUUUUGUUUUGCCCCAGCCUCACUUUUUCAGCCGGCCAGCUCUCUUGCUCCACUCCUUUUACUCCUUAUAGGUUCAUUUCACUUUCUUUUUUGUUGUUGUUGUUGUUUGUUUUUAUGUUCAUUUCUGUUGAGUACAAAAAUACUAAAGUGCAACAACAAUGAUUAAAAAGAAUAUCAACCAAACUGAGAUGAAUAAAUAAAUAUAUAUAAAUAAAGAAAUAAUUUUAAAAGGU